AUGGCCGCAGCUUCGCCUACUCCUCUGUCCUCCUACAGCAACGGCGGCCGCAUGUCCCGCCAGCCUUCGAUGCAAACCUCGCUGCAACACAGGCGCGAGUCGCCCAUCUCUAUCCUAGGCCACUCCCAUGGAUUUAGCGCCAAUGCUCCCAUGAUGCAGCGCAUCGACAUUGGCGACAGCUCCGAAGAUGAGGUCGAGCAGCCCAUGAAGCUGAACCCCUACACCCGCGCCCUCCUCGGCCAGGACGCACCCAGCUCUCCCAUCAGACAAUAUGGCGCCCCUAAGCUGCGCAUCGCCCGGAACUCCCUCGGCCACACCGAAGACACUCCAAUGCAGGACACCAUCACCCCUGCGCCGUCGCUGCGCAUCAAGAGGGUUCCCCUGAGGGGAGCACCUAUGCGUAGGCUCAGACGUACGCCCCAGAGCGAGGACGAGCAACACCAACCGCAGUCUAUUUUGGAUGCGUCACAUGCUAUGAGCCCUCAGGCCAGCGGAAGCCCACAGGCACCCAGUGCCGGAAGUCCAAGGAUCGUCCGCAUAACUAGCCCGUCUCGCGACCAAGAAAACCUUGCUGCCUCGUCCAUGAAAGCCGAUUCGGCCAUGGGGGUCAACAAUAGUACAAAGGUUGACUCGGUAAUGAAGGACUCUUUCAUGAAGGACGCCGUGAUGAAGGUGGAGCCUGCGGUAAGACCGUCAUCAAAAGGCGAACACAAGCCGGUUCCCCUGGCAUCGGUGAGCGUGAAUACUCCUCACCGUCCUGCUCCGCCCCCUCCCCCGAGAAUGUCGGUAUUGGAGACCGCCACCUCUGCCGCCGGUGCAUCGACCGUGAAGCAGAAGAAGCGCCGAAGGGCGUUCAUGGUCAACGGCAAGCAAUAUCAGGAGGUCGGCAGGAUUGGAAAGGGCGGCAGCUCCGAUGUCUACCGAGUCAUGGCGGAAAAUGGCAAACUUUUCGCCUUGAAAAGAGUGAAGCUCGAGGAUGCGGACGAGAGCGCAGUGCGGGGCUAUAAGGGCGAAAUCGAGCUCCUGCGGAAACUGGAAGGUGUGGAGAGGGUUGUUCGGUUAUUCGACUGGGAGGUGGACGAGGAAAAGCAGAUUCUCAGUGUGCUGAUGGACAUCGGCGAGUCCGACCUUGCUCGCAUUCUGCGGAUGAAAAUCGACCCUGAAGACGCCCGGCUGGACCUUUCUUUCACGCGCUACUACUGGAAGGAGAUGCUUGAAUGUGUUGCAUCCGUCCACGACUACGACAUCGUUCAUUCGGACCUGAAGCCUGCAAACUUCCUCUUGAUCCAAGGGCGCCUCAAGCUCAUCGAUUUUGGCAUUGCCAAUGCUAUCGAGGUCGACCACACCGUAAACGUUCACCGAGAUUCCCACGUUGGCACCCCGAACUACAUGUCUCCAGAAUCCCUGCAGGAUGCAAACGCAUCAGCCCGCCACGGGCCCGGUGGUGACUCGUCACUUGGUCGCUGCAUGAAGCUGGGCAAGCCCAGUGAUGUUUGGAGUCUGGGAUGCAUUUUGUACCAGAUGGUAUACGGCAGGCCGCCCUUCGCCCACAUCUCCAACCAAAUCCAUCGUGUCAUGGCCAUUGUCAACCCCAACGUCGAUAUCGACUUCCCCUCCCAUGGACUCGGAAAUGUGCGCAUCCCCACGGGCCUGAAGAAGACACUGAAGCGCUGUCUCCAGCGCGACCCGUCCCGUCGUCCCACCAUUCCUGAGAUGCUCAGCGAAAGGGACGAGUUCCUGUGCCCUGACGCUGGCGAUGACCUCAGAAUCCCCGAGGCGCUUCUUGGCCAGAUAAUCCAAAGAGUUGCCGACCGCUUCAGGGAUCAGAGCAAGCCAAUGCCGACGGAGGAGGAGAUAAGACAGUAUCCGGGAAGUUUUUACGCAAAAAUUCGGGAUCUGCUCGAGGAGGUGUAG